AUGCCGGAGCCCGGGCCGGACACCCCCGGCACGGCCAGCGCGCAGCCCCCGCCGCCGCCGCCCCCGCCCCCCGCGCCCAAGGAGUCGCCCUUCUCCAUCAAGAACCUGCUCAACGGGGACCACCACCGGCCGCCCCCCAAGCCGCAGCCGCCCCCACGGACGCUCUUCGCGCCGGCCUCGGCCGCCGCCGCCGCCGCCGCGGCCGCCGCCGCCGCCGCCGCCGCCGCGGCCAAGGGGGCCCUGGAGGGCGCGGCGGGCUUCGCGCUCUCGCAGGUGGGCGACCUGGCUUUCCCCCGCUUCGAGAUCCCGGCGCAGAGGCUGGCGCUGCCCGCGCACUACCUGGAGCGCUCCCCGGCCUGGUGGUACCCCUACACCCUGACCCCCGCCGGCGGCCACGUCCCGCGACCUGAAGCCUCCGAGAAAGCCCUCCUGCGAGACUCGUCCCCGGCCUCGGGCACCGACCGGGACUCCCCGGAGCCUCUGCUCAAGGCCGAGCCCGACCCCAAGGAGCUGGACUCCAAGAGCCCGGACGAGAUCAUCCUGGAGGAGAGCGACUCGGAGGAGGGCAAGAAGGACGGCGAGGCGGCGCCGGGCGCGGCCGGGGCGAGCGUCGGGGGCGCGGCGGCGGGCACGCCGGGCGCCGAGGACUGGAAGAAGGGCGCCGAGAGCCCCGACAAGAAGCCGGCGUGCCGCAAGAAGAAGACGCGCACGGUCUUCUCGCGCAGCCAGGUCUUCCAGCUGGAGUCCACCUUCGACAUGAAGCGCUACCUGAGCAGCUCGGAGCGCGCCGGCCUGGCCGCCUCGCUGCACCUCACCGAGACGCAGGUGAAGAUCUGGUUCCAGAACCGCCGCAACAAGUGGAAGCGGCAGCUGGCGGCCGAGCUGGAGGCGGCCAACCUGAGCCACGCGGCGGCGCAGCGCAUCGUGCGGGUGCCCAUCCUGUACCACGAGAACUCGGCGGCCGACGGCGCGGCGGCCGCGGCCGCGGGGGCCCCGGUGCCCGUCAGCCAGCCGCUGCUCACCUUCCCGCACCCCGUCUACUACUCACACCCGGUGGUCUCGUCCGUGCCGCUGCUGCGGCCCGUCUGA